UGUUUGUCUGCUAAAAAGUAUGCACUGAUUUUUUGCUUGCCAAAACCUUAGCAGUAAAUUUGCAGGAAGUGAAAAUUUAUAUUUUAUUCGUUAUCAAGGCUGCAAUUGCAAACUGCAAAAAUGCUUACAGACAUAGAUGACGAUUUCUUUUUCGAGGAGGAUAAAAUUAAAAGCGUUGAAUUGGAUUCUGCCAUCGCGCCACUACUGCCUAUCGAUAACUCUACAAUAUCGGAACAGCAGCAGCCAUUAGAAGAGCAGAGUGAACUGAAUUUAGAUGAGGCCACAUUCGAUUUUGAUAUUGAAUUGGUGGUUGACAAAGAAGUGAAGGCGACAGCAUCUGCAGAUGAUGAUAUUGCGGAAACAAGUGUUGUUGUACCCUUUUUGUGUGAUCGUUCAAAUGAUUACGAUAGGCAGAAAUUUGAGUUAGAGCGGCUGGGCAUGACUGUGACAACCAAUUCGGUGGUGAUUACCAAGGACCAAAGUAAUUUGAUAGGCAUCAGCAUUGGAGGUGGUGCACCAAUGUGUCCCUGUCUAUACAUCGUACAAGUCUUCGAUGGCACGCCUGCAGCGCGUGAAGGUUCCCUACAAAGCGGCGAUGAGCUGUUGGCAGUCAACUCGGUCAGUGUGAAGGGUAAAACCAAGGUGGAAGUGGCUAAAAUGAUACAAGCUGCCACUACAACUGUCACCAUACACUACAACAAGCUGCAUGCCGAUCCGGAGCAGGGCAAAUCGCUGGAUAUUAUAUUGAAGAAAUUGAAGCAUCGCAUUGUGGAUAAUAUGUCGAGUAAUACAGCAGAUACUUUGGGCCUCUCGCGCGCCAUCCUUUGCAAUGAUUCACUGGUAAAACGGUUAGAAGAACUUGAGGGAACCGAACUGAUGUACAAAGGCUUGGUGGAGCAUGCGCGACGCAUGCUGAAAGCCUAUUACGAUUUGCUGCAAACUUACAAAGCCUUCGGCGAUUGUUUCACACAGAUUAGCGCACGCGAACCGCAGCAACGCGCCUCUGAGGCAUUUCGCAUGUUUGGCGAAUUUCAUCGAAAUCUCGAAAGGGACGGUCUCGGCAUAAUCAAACAAAUCAAGCCAGUACUCUCCGAUUUGGGCACGUACCUGAACAAGGCGAUACCGGACACCAAGCUGACUGUGCGCCGUUAUGCCGAUGCGAAAUUUACUUAUCUCUCGUACUGUCUGAAGGUGAAGGAAAUGGACGAUGAGGAGCAUAGCUUUGCUGCGUUGCAAGAGCCGCUCUAUCGCGUCGAGACCGGUAACUAUGAAUACAGACUAAUUUUGCGUUGUCGCCAGGAUGCGCGCAACAAGUUCGCCAAAUUGCGUACCGAUGUAUUGGAGAAGAUGGAAUUGCUGGAGUGUAAACAUGCUACAGAUCUCAAUCAGCAAUUGCGCAGUUUGCUUGAUAGUUUGGCGCAACUGAAUCGUUCAGUGGUGGAGCGCAUGGACGCCUUGCCGUCACUUUUCCCUAUCGAGGUUGAUUUCAAAGAAACAGACUUCCAAUACAAGUCCAGCACGUUGAAGCCCCAGGACGUGGACGAAGAAGAUGAGGAGAGCAACGUGCGCACUGAAGCGAAUACACUACGCGCGUCGAGCACCGAAGUUGUUUGUGGCCUAGAGGCGGUCGAAACACCAGCGCCCGUAAUGAGUGUACAGCAGAAGGGAAGCAUCUUAGACGAUCUUGACGUGGCGGACAAUCAGUGUGCGGAAAAUAAUGAAACGCUCUUAAAGGAGUUGGGUCUAUUCGGUGUCGAUCUUAUGUCCAAUCCGCAAACUUUGACGAAUCAAAAGGAUUCGGUUGCUGCACAAAAUGGUGCUUACGAUUUUGAUUUGUUUCUCAAUCAGACGGCAGCAACAACGACGCAAUUGGAGCAGGAUUUAAUGUCAGCGAAUGCGUCGGAAACAGAUUUGCUGUUGCAGUGAGUUGGCGGGCGGCUAGGUGGAAAAUGAGCUUCGAAAAAAAAACAAAUUUAAAAAUAUGUAUUACCAAAAAUUAGGCGAUAGAUAUGUAUCUAUAUAACGGUAAUGACCCAGUGUAUUUAAAAGUUAACGGUUAUACUGGAACCAUUGCGAUCUAGGUUUGAUGCAGACACGUUCAUAUGCAUUUAAAAAAAAAAACAGUUACUUGUUAUUUGGAGAAAUUUGUAAUUCUCAGCAUGAAAUUAGCAUUUUCCUAUUUGAAGUAUGUAUGUAUGCAGAUUAGGGUGCAUUGCAAAAACCAAUUUGGAAAUACCUCGUAAAAUCUCAUUAUAUUAAUUUCGUGAUAAAAUUUGUAAAUUUUUUUUUUUAUGGAUAUUUAAAAGCUUAAACUCAUCUAUCAUUUAAGAUGAUUUUUUGGAAAAAAUAUUUUUAAAGGUAUUUUCAAAUAGUUC